AUGUUAACCACAUCAAAGCGCCUUCCAAAGGCACUUUCACCGUAUGCGCAGGCACUAAAGCAUGUUGCGCUUAGAGGUGCCGUUGCCUUUGGCCCAAGUGCCAGAGAAAUGGAGUUGGACAUGUACCGAAAGGGUACACUACCGGCGGAUUACCGGCCGCCUGUUCAAGGGAAGUGGGAUGAUACCAUCGAGCGCUGGGCGUACGCCUGGCAAUUUCCUGCAGAAGAAGAGCAAGAUGAUGUGGUGAGUAUAGUAGAACGCAACUUCUCGGGUAUGCAGGCUUUAUUGGAAUUUGGUGAUAAGUUACUGCAAUCACCACCUUCCAGUAAGCCAUUUUCAGGAAAGAAUUCGAUGGUUUAUCCUCCUAUAAUUGGUAAAUUUGAUACUGAGAAAGUAGAAUUAUUACCCUCUACUUCUAAUUACGGGAAUCUAGAACAAGAUGUGUCAGAAUUAGUCUCAAAUGAUAUAGUGUGUUCCCCUCAUGAUACUAUAACUGCAGCGGAGCUAUCAGCUAGUGUUAAUAUUCCUGUGGCAUACAUUGAUGAUGGAUCGGAGGUAAGUAAUGCCAGUAAGCGACUUGCAUUUAUACUGGAAGAUUUUGGUUUGGAAUAUACUGAAGAUGGACUAAUCGUGGUUAUUUCGGCACUAUCAAAACAAAAUCAUAUUUCUAUUAGUCGAGCUAUUUUUGAAUUUGCUUCUUCUGUUGGAUUAGGACCAUCUGCAGAAUUGUAUAAGGCGUUAAUGAAACAUGCUUCUCGACGUGGAGACGUAAAUGAAUCGAUGGCUCUUAUUGAGGAAAUGAAGGAAAAGGGAAUAACUCCUCGUAUUGGUAACUGGCAUGAACUCAUGCGAACUUUUUAUUAUGCAAAAGAUUACCCUGCUGUAAGUCAGAUUGUAGACAAUAUGAAAAUGUAUGCAAAUAUUGAACCAAAUGAAGUUACGUUUGCUUUGCAACUAAAAGCCCUUGCCAAGGAUACUUCUCAACUUAAUUCUCUUGCAGAGGCUAUUCAGUUAUUUGAUCAAAUGGAGAACGUUUACGGGUUUAUUGCAUCUCGUCCACACUAUGAUACAAUGAUGGCUCAUCUUAGUCAAAGCCCCAAACCGGAGAUGCGGCUUCGAUGUGAGGAACUAGCGCACAAAAUGGAACUUAUGGGUAUUAUAUGGAAUGCUAAUACAUAUCUUAAUCUUAUUCGAUCAUCUCAAGUAGUUGGAGAUAUAAAAGCGGUAGAAAAAUAUCUUUGUAAAAUGCGAGAUGACGGUGUUACGGUAAAUAUCAUGCAUUUAUCAUGGGCUAUUCAAGCACAUGUACAAAGUAUUAUUCGAAUUGAUUACGCUGCUAUGAAGGAAAAAUCAGAAGAUCCUCUUCCUAUAUGGCUUGAUCAUCUUGAAACUUGUUUUGGAAUUUAUGACUUAGUUGUUCGACGUGGAUGGACGAUGCAGUUACCCUUCGUUAAUUCUCUCCUUCGUUUGUGUUGUCAGGCUACCAUGUUGGCUAUGGAACAUACACCAGAUGAGGUUAAAACUAUUGGAAGGUUUGAGGAACAGUCUAACAAGAUUUGGAACCAUACAUUUGAAGAAUGGCAACUGAAAAAGGAUGUUUACAGUUAUGAAUGCUAUAUUGCUCUCUUAGCACAUCAACAACGUAUAGAUGAAGCAGAAAAACUUUUUCAAGAAAUGGUUUUAAAAGAGGAAUUGACACCUUCUCGAAGGACUUAUGAUUGUUUAGUUUUUAUGCACCUAUCAUCAGGUGAAGAAGGAGGUACGGCGAGAGCGUUAAGAUAUCUAGAGGCUAUGGAACGUGCUGGUAUUCAAAUUAGACCUUCAUUCCUAAAGAAGAUUGUUCGUGUGAACAAUGCGGCGGGAUACAAACGUGAUAUGAAACGCCGAGCAAGGCGCAUUAUGCAGGCUAGAGAAGAAUAUCUCGCAAGAAAAGAAAGCAAUGUUGGUUUUGAAGAGGGACCAACAAGAGAGGAAACUGUUGAUUCAGAGGGUAAUCCUGUUCUUUCUCCUCUACCUAUUUCACCGACAUCAACACUUGCUUGGUGGGAAAAAUGGAAAAAAGAGACGUUAAGCAAGCAUGAAUUAUUUACGGAAGAAUCUGCAGAUGGAACUCCAAAGGGUGAAACAUUUGAAGAAAAAAAUGAAGCUCUUAGACAGAUGGGAAUCAUUUCUUCAUUUCCAACCAAAGAAGAUGUUCCACAGCUUAAUAAGCACAAGAUAUUACCCCUCAUUCGAUCACAGGAGGGAGAAAUGGCAGGUAGCCUCUGGGCAAUGGACGGUGGAGAGUUUUCAUAUCCAAAGGAUGGUGGUGGACCGCAAGGUUGGGGUGUUCGUUUAUGGCGAGAACGACAAAUAGUCAAACAAGAGUAUAAGAAGACUCUCGACGGGUCACAACCCGUGCCUGAAUUCUCGGAUUUGGGUAACGCUGUUCGAAAGACUGGCGAUCAGUUAGACAUUGAAAGGAGUGGAGCUCAGUCAUUUGGGGAACUGUCUGAUUAUCAUCAGUUUCCCGAUCACCGCUUUGACGAUGGUGCGCUGAAGCCCUAUUCAGAGAUGGCAACACCUGUUCCUGUCUCAGCGGAAUUAGUUUGGCAGGGGGAGACGCAAGACAAGUUAUCACCAUACAAAUCUGAUGAGGAGAUAGCCCUUGAAAAUGAUAAUACAUUCUUCUCUGAUCUAUCUAAAGAGGCGAAGGAAAAGAUAAACGCAUCAGUAAAAGCAAUUCAGAACAAAGAAGAGAAUUUAGUAAGUGUUAAAGGAAAAGGUGUAACGAGACGUUCCAAGUAUGACUACUUGGAGAAAUGGCGAGAUAUGUACCGUUAUGGUACACUUGAAGUCCCUGAGGGACCGACAUUGCAUUUUGGACGAACCCCAGAUGAUCAUAAAGAGACGAUGGCUUCUUUGGUACGGGAGUGGUAUCAAAGAAAUAAAAAGAGCCCUGCUACCACUGAAAACCUUCAGAGAUGGGAGAACGACAUGCAGAGAGACAAAGAAGCAUCAGCAUCAAGGAAAGCACUCAAUAGGCGAGGUCGAUCCAGACGUUUUCAUAGAGGUGAAUGA